GGCGACGGGCCCACGGCGGCGGUGACAGCUGUGAGCGCGGGCGGAGAAGGACGACGGGAGAGAUGGGCGGCCUGCGGGCGUGCGGGUGGAAAGCCUCGUGGGCGGCCUCGACGUGGAUGAUGCUGCUGCUGCUGGGCGUGGUGCUGAUGCAGGUGGCGUCCGCGACGGCUGAGUGGGACAGCCACUGCCCGCCCGGAUGCAAGUGCACCUACGUCAGCAACAGGAAGGUGGCCGACUGCCGCAGCGCUGGCUUCUCGACGGUGCCCUCGACGCUGAGUUCGGAGGUGCAGGAACUCAAUCUCAACAACAACAACAUCAUGUACCUGGAGAAGGACGCGUUCAAGAAGGCCGGCCUGGUCAACCUGCAGAAGCUGUACCUGAAGGAGAACGGCAUCCGCAACGUGCACAAGGACGCCUUCAGGGACCUCAGGAUCAUGAUCGAGCUCGACCUCAGCGCCAACGCCGUCGACAAGCUGCACCUGCACACGUUCACUGGCCUAGAGAAGCUGCGCGUGCUGGACCUGAGCGAGAACGCCCUGAUGCGCCUGGACGGGGUGCAGUUCCCCCCUCUGCCCCACCUGCGCAAACUCGACUUCCGGAAUAACGACCUCGUCUACAUCAACAACUACGCCUUCUCCAACCUGGCGCUGCUCACGUCGCUCAGGCUCUCGGGGAACAAGCUGAAGCUGGUGCAGCCGGAGCUCUUCGUCAACAACACGAACCUGGUGGAGCUCGAGCUGCACGACAAUCCGUGGGAGUGCGACUGCCGCCUCAAGAACCUCGUGCGCUGGGCCAAGAAGAGGUCGCUCCUGCAGGAGCACGUGACGUGCCACUCGCCGGAGCGCGUGUCGGGGCGACGAUGGGAAAGCGUGAUGGACGAGGAGCUGGCGUGCCGCCCGGAGCUCAUCGUGAUGCAGACGGAGGUUCCCGCCGCGCCGGGCCAGAACGCGUCGCUGACGUGUCGCGCGACGGGCGAGCCGCUCCCGCAGCUCAAGUGGGUGCUGCACGGCCGCGUGCUCACCAACAUGUCGGUGAUCCCGUUCUCGCAACCCGAGCAGCGCUACGUGGUGCGCGAGGUGGUGGAGGCGGCCACGCGCUGGUCGGAGCUCACCGUCACGCACGUGCAGGACCGCGACCUCACCUACUACACCUGCGUGGCCGACAACCUGGCGGGCCUCGUGGAGCACAACGUGUCGCUGGUGGCCGCCGCGCCGUCGCACACGGGCGCCGUGGCGCCCAAGGCCACGCUCGACCUCUACGCCAUCAUCGGCAUCGCCACGGGCGGCCUCGUGCUACUGCUGCUGCUCAUCGUGGCGCUGUGCUGCUGCGUGCGGCGCCGCAAGGGCCGCGAGAUGAAGGCGCGCCCCAAGGUGAACGGCACCGCGGGCGGCCACGUGGAGCACAAGAACGUGAUGAUCGUGAACCCGGUGGAGAAGCCGCCGCGCCAGUACGAGCAGGUGCCGCAGACGGACAUCGAGAUGGCGGCGCUUGCGGCGGACGCCGGCGCUCACCGCAGCUACGACGAGGUUGAUUACCCCGAGGCUGGCCCUGCGGCGCACCGCACGCCCCUAGCCACGCUGGAGGAGGAGGACGACGACCUCCCGUCGCAGGACACGACGCUGCCGCUGGACGGGCCGUGCGCCGCGCCGCCGCACAGCGUCGUCGACUACCUCGGCCACUACCCCGACCUGCUGGACAUGACGCGGCCGCGCGCCGUGUCGCCCACGCAGCUGUCCUACCACUCGCUGGUGGCGCCGCAGUUCGCCGCCGCGCCGCCGCCCGCCCCCGAGUACCGCUACAGCUACGUGCACCCCGCUGAAUACACGCCGUACCCCGUGGCCUACGUCUCGCCGCAGCCGCAGCCGCGCCCUGGCUACGUGACGCUGCCGCGGCGCCACCGCUCGCCGUCGUGGGCGGGCCAGUCGUCGCUGGAGGCGGAUGCCAGCUCGCCGCCGCCGCCGUCGCAGGAGGGCGAGCGCCGGUACGACCCCAUCUACGACACGCUGGGCCCGCGCACGACCGCCGACGGCACCUCGCGCACCGACCUGACGCGCCCCGCGCUGCGCGCCGCCGAGCCCUUCACGCCGCGCACGCCGCAGUCGCCCGCCUCGCCGCCCGGGAUGCCGAGCUACUACGCCCCCGCGACGGGCGGCCCGGCGCGCCCGCUCCACCACCAGCGCAACCACAGCUCCACGCUGCCGCGCUCGACACCCAACCUGCUGGAGGGCGGGGCCGGCCUGAGCCUGCCCGCGCACCAGCAGGUGGUGCCCGAGGGCGUGCCGGCGCAGUUGGUGACCCGCGGCACCUUCCUGCCCGCCCACUCGCCCACGCCGUCCACCGCCAGCACCGCGCGGACCGCCUCGCCCGCCUACCGCGCCGCCUCGCCCGCGGUCGCUCCGUCGCCGCUGCACCUCCCGCCCGCCUCCUCCUCCCCCGCCUCCGCCGCCGCCGCCACGCCCUCCCGCUCCCCCCUUGCCUCCAGCAACGAGUCCACGCUCGACUCCUCCACGCUCUACAACAACAACAACAACAGCCACAGCGUCAACAACAACACGAAGGCUGCCAAGGACCUGGACGUGAGCUCGGCGUCGACGGGCUCGGUGGCGUCGGCCAAGAAGGUGCCGCCCAAGCCACCGCCCAAGCCCAGCGCCAAGCGGCUGUCCGUCGCGUCCGCCGCCAGCGACUCGCGCAAGGCGUCGCUGGCGGGCGAGGGCCGCGCGUUCCAGGACGAGGGGCCCGACGGCACGGAGGUGUGAGGAAGGGAGGGGGGAGGGGAGGGAGCGCCUCCGCCGGGAAGGGGGGACUCGACGUGCGGCCAAGGGGUCGUCGCGCCGCCCACCGCGCCGCCGACCGCGCCCACUGCGCCCCGCGUCCACGGCGGUGCGCGCGCUCCGAGCGAUGACGACAGCGAGGCAGUGUCCAGCAGCCCUGACGACGGCCUAGAGUGGGUGUAGCGGCGACGGUGCCACAGCCGCUCCGGCCGCCACCCUCGCCCCACACCCGCCCCGUCCCACGCCGCCGCCGCGCCCUGAGCAGACGUGGCGCCGGGGCCAGCGUCGCCGGCGGUGCCAAGUGCCGACGCCAGGCGAGGCCGGUGCUCGGCGCCAGGACGCGCGUGAGCGGCGGACGACGAGGUCCCUCUCCCCCACUCCUUCCCCCUCCACCUCUCCCUCCCCCAUCCCCCCUCCUUCACCCUUUCCCCGCCCCGCGGAGACAGAGCGAAGAUCAAGAAGCCUUCCAGUGUGUGACGAACACUUUCUAUCUUUGUUAAGGUAAACAAACAAGGUAAAGAUAUGUACAUAUACAUGUAAGUGAUGCACCAAAUGAUGGUUCCACAAGGGAAACGGCAGAAAAGGGUGUUUAAAAUAGAGCGCCUCUCCUCUUUCUAGAGAGACAGAGAGAGAGCGAGAGAAGGAACUGCAGCGCAUGACCUGUGCAUGACAUCGCUCGGACAAGGACGGGUCGUAGUGCAAGUGUGAACCAGGGUCGAGAGGCACAGGUAGCAGCAUCAUGCAAGCAGACCAGCCAGUCAGCCUGCCUGCCUGCUUGCCUGUCUGUCCGCCUGUCUGCCUGCUUGCUUGCCUGCCUGCCUGCCUGCCUGUAGGUACUACCCCUGCAGCUGCUUUUCUAUGAAUAUUCUUUACAUAGAGAGUUUAAACGAAGCCCCACCUUCAUUUCCCCCGAGGCGUUUGGACUGUGAAGUUGUGUGAGGAUGUUUAAGAUAUAAAAAAAGCAAGAAGAAAUAGUAGGAUUAGAUUUGAAGAAUUUAAAAAUGAUAAAAAAAAAAAAUAAAAGAAAUGAAGUUUGAUUACUAUGCUGAAUAUAUAUAUUGUAUUUUCAUAUCGCAAAUUAGCACCAAAUUUUGUAUGUUCAUAUUUAUUGACGGAAUAAUUAAGGGAAAACUGCUUGUGUGGAAACCUCCCCCGUUAGCCGCUCGUAGAGACGAAGUGUGUCUGUCAGUCUGGAUGCCGUGUAAUGUAGAAAUCAUUUUGCAUGUCAUCGUCAUCAACGUCGUCGUCGUCGUCGUGAUCCGGUAAAGGUAGAGACGAGUCGUGGGCGUCGCCACGGCUUCCCAGCGCUGCAGAAUCGUGAAAGCAGAUUUCUAUUCUAUUCUUAGUUACAUGUGUGUGUUUGUGUGUACAUAUAAUCCUCCGUGACCCGGAGAGAGGAAAUUUUAUGACGUCAGGAGUGACAAUGCAGCAGAAAGGGAGAAGAGGAAGCGACGUGGGCGUGCAUGCGUCGCGACGUGCUGGACGGUCGGACGGCGGCGACGCAAGAAGACGCAAGUUGAAGAUGUUUAGACUCCUAAGGCCUACGUCACCGACAACGCAAGAAGAGACGUCUAGACCCCUGGCGAUGCAAAGGAUAUCGUUUACGUUACGGACGAAGUUGAAAAGAGAAGUGUCGGAGUUACUGACCACACAGAGGCAGAGGCAAGAGACAGCUGCCGGCCAUGGAAAGCGAGAGAGACGUCUGGGUAACUGACGCAGAAAGAGACGUCUGCUGGGCUGCUGGCGACGCAAUGGGAGACAAGUGGUCGACAAAGCAGGGUUCCUAACAUACGUUUUAUGCUUAAGAAGAACACUUCCCUGUGUGUAUGUGUGUACGUGUGUGUAUGUGUGACAUAGAGGAUUCUUGAUAAUGUUUUUUUUUUAUUAUGUUUCUUUUGAGGUACAUUAUGAUGAAGGGAAUUCUAAUUACGAAAGCUUUUGAUAUCAAGUCACACCGUAGUCAUUAAGUUCUCUUUUACGUUUCUCUUUUUCACCUUUAUUAGCAAGGAAGGACAAAACAAAAAAUAAAAAGUACAAAAAAUUCGCCGGAGUAAGACAGGGCAUAGUUUUUUUUUCUUUUCAAUUAUUGUAUAUAAAACUUAAUUAUAUAUGGAUGUCCUCGAUAUGAAAAUUACACUUUUAAUUUGGAAAUCAGAGUGUCGUUGUCUUUAGUCUCACGAGGAGCUUGUGGAAAUAUUUUGUACGUCUUUCGUUACAAAGUUUGCCAGAAUGCGCAUUUCAGUUUUGUUUCUCUAAAUAAAGAAUGAAGAAAAGU